AAGUAUUUGACAUACAAUAUAAAGAAUAUCAGAAAAAUAUUGAAAAUGUCACUAAAUCACAGUAUUUACGCUAAUAAACUAACUUUCCAAAAUCUCGAUGAAAUAACAGACUAUUUUUCCCAAAAAAUGGAUGAACACAUGAAUACAUUCCACCUACAAGCUGAGGAAAUGAACAAAUGGUUAUUGAGUACGUCCGCGGUAACGUCGAAGCUUGGAGAAAUGAGUAAACAGAUGGAUUUUCUCAAUUUUUUGCAAAAUAAUAUCAGCAAAAGUUUGAAUUACAUCGAUAAGGAGCAAGGAAAUCUAGAAGAGGCCAUUAAAACAAUCGAAUGCGACGUAUGCUGUGUACCUGGUGGAAAAGAAGGUCCUGUUGAUGAAUAUCGACAAAUCACAUAUACUACUGCAGAGGGUAUUAACAAUACUUUCCUAAAGUUCAAACAACUACUCGAGGAGUUUAAUUUUCAAGUGGCUGAAGUGGAAACCAAGAAAUCUGGUGAUGUUGCACAAGUCGAUAGUUUCGCACAAGUGCUUCAAGCGCACUUACAGCAACUUGAAACCAUAGAACUGAAGAUCAUUCAAAUGCGUAGUAAAUUGAGUCGCAUAGAGUAUUUUUUUUUCUAAAAUAAAAGCCAGCAAAUGCAAUAUGUCACCGCGUUUCUAAACUAUUGUGUUGAAAACAUGGAGCAAAUGGAGAAAAGAAAAAUAUUUUUAGUAACACAAUAUGUAAAAAACCAUAUAUUUUGAUUUAUAAACCCUUAAAACAUUAUAAAAUAGAUAGUCA